AUGGAUCAGCAGAAGCCCCCGGAAUUCAUACUCGACGUCUUUUCGGAUCCUCGGUCCGUCCGCGAAGUCGUCAAAGGCAUCCUUCACACAAUCUUCUUCAACCGCUUCUUCCCCUCCCUCGCCCCGCGAACGCACGAGGUUCUCGACGUCACCCUGCCCUACGUCAACGACAAUGAGCUCGAGACGCUCAUCGAGCAGCGCGCCUACGCCCUCGAGCGCCAGCUCGACGCCGAACGACUCGGUGGCGGCGCCGGCGCAGGGACGGCGGACGGCGGCAGCGGAGGCAGGGGCCAGAUCACCGUCCAGUUCUUUGAGCGGAAACGACGCAAGGCGUGGCUGACGCGCGGCGAGGAGGAGGUCUGCUGGGAGACGUGGACGAUCAAGGUGACUGUCGCCGAGCCGAGGACGGACAAC